GCUGUGGCCGAGCCUGGCUGGCUUCUCGGCUACCGUCGCGGAGCAGCAGCGACUACCUGCCUUGGCUCCGGUGCCGCUGCCAACCCCGUUUGGGCUCUGUCCCCGGGCUCCGGAGCUCAGCGCGAAGCCCUAGUCCCGGCAUCCGGGGCAUGGGCCAGGGGCGCGACGUGAGGCGGCUUUCCGCUCGACGGUGACUUGCAUCUGCUUCAGCAUGAAGACCCUCAUCGCUGCCUACUCCGGGGUUCUGAGGGGUGAGCGUCGGGCCGAGGCUGCCCACAGCGAGAACAAGAAGGGAGGAUCUUCCCUGUCACGCGAGGGAUCUGGGCGAUGGGGCACUGGCUCCAGCAUCCUCUCGGCCCUCCAGGACAUCUUCUCUGUCACCUGGCUCAACAGAUCCAAGGUGGAAAAGCAGCUACAGGUCAUCUCAGUGCUACAAUGGGUCCUGUCCUUCCUCGUGCUGGGAGUGGCCUGCAGUGUCAUCCUCAUGUACACUUUCUGCACCGACUGCUGGCUGAUAGCCGUGCUCUAUUUCACCUGGCUGGCGUUUGACUGGAACACACCCAAGAAAGGUGGCAGGAGAUCACAGUGGGUGCGAAACUGGGCUGUGUGGCGCUAUUUUCGAGACUACUUUCCCAUCCAGCUGGUGAAGACACACAACCUGCUGACCACCAGGAACUAUAUCUUUGGAUACCAUCCCCAUGGUAUCAUGGGCCUGGGGGCCUUCUGCAACUUCAGCACUGAGGCCACCGAAGUGAGCAAGAAGUUCCCUGGCAUACGGCCCUACUUGGCCACACUGGCUGGUAACUUCCGGAUACCUGUGCUUCGGGAGUACCUGAUGUCAGGAGGCAUCUGCCCUGUCAACCGGGACACUAUAGACUACUUGCUUUCAAAGAAUGGAAAUGGCAAUGCUAUCAUCAUCGUGGUGGGGGGUGCGGCCGAGUCCCUGAGCUCCAUGCCUGGCAAGAAUGCAGUCACCCUGCGGAACCGCAAAGGCUUUGUAAAACUGGCCCUGCGCCAUGGAGCCGAUCUGGUUCCUACCUAUUCCUUUGGAGAGAAUGAAGUGUACAAGCAGGUGAUCUUUGAGGAGGGCUCCUGGGGCCGAUGGGUCCAGAAGAAGUUCCAGAAGUAUAUCGGCUUUGCCCCGUGUAUCUUCCAUGGCCGAGGCCUCUUCUCCUCUGACACCUGGGGGCUGGUGCCCUAUUCCAAGCCUAUCACCACUGUCGUGGGUGAGCCCAUCACCAUCCCCAAGGUGGAGCACCCGACCCAGCAGGACAUUGACCUGUACCAUGCCAUGUACAUGGAAGCACUGGUGAAGCUCUUUGACAAGCACAAGACCAAAUUCGGCCUUCCGGAGACAGAGGUCCUGGAGGUGAACUGAUCCAGCCCUCAUGGCCAGAUCCUGGAAGCAACAGCUGCAAAUCCUUUUCUAGCAAGUUCUCAAGUGCUUUUGUUCUGUAAAUUUGGAAGCAUCAUGGGUAUCUGUGGGUUAUUUAAAAGAAAUUAUAAUUUGUUAAACCAUUACAAUGUUAGAUCUUUUUUAAGAAGGAAAGAGUCAAUAUUGCAAGCUCUGACUUCCAUUGUGAUCUGCCCAAGGUGGUGGCUGAUUCCUCUGGGCCUUUGUUUCUCAGCUACUCCUAUUCUCAAAACCACAGAGGACACCUGGUUCCCUGGGGAAGGAGGACAGUCCUUAGUGAUUCAGCCACUUUGAUGACCCUCUGAGCCCGAGGGACUCUCAAGAGGCAGAGGCCAUGUCCAACAUAAACAUCUCCAUUCCUGUCACCCCACAUGGGACUGCAGGACUGGUUCUUCUGCCAAGGGCAGGAUGCAGAGGGCAUAGUUGACCCUCCGGAGAGGGUGGUAUGGGGUAUCUGGAAUGCCCAGCUUGAGUGUCCCGUCUGCUCCUCACCUCACCCCACCUCACUAUCAGAACCUACACUGGCCUCCUGUAUACUGUACUAGGGACAAGGCUGUCCCACAGACACUGUCUUGGGUUAUCUAGCUGCUGUUGGGUGACUGGUCGUACUCUAGAGGCUAUUGUCGUGGACUCUGCACUGCUCAGCCUUGGUUUGGAACAUGUCCUCCCAGUGGCCUACCUAAGCCACACCCCAAGUCUGGUAUAAGGAAGGAUCUCUCCUCUUCACAAAAGGACCUGGCCUCCUACCCAGCACCCCAGGUCCAGGACAGGAGGCCACCUAACCCAAGCCUCAUGUGUGUGCCUUCCUGAGGCAUUGGGGCCAGGGAGGAAUGCUUCCCCUCCUGUGUGGUGUUUUCUUUCUGAGCUCGCUGUGCCAUGUCACACUUUUGUAUAUUCCUAGAAUAAUAAAUGGAAACAAGAACUGUC